AUGCGUACUCACUCCACUGAGCUGAACCCGUUCUGUCGCGACAACUUUCCCGACCUGUCGACCGUGAGCGUCACCCCGUGGGCCGGGCUCCGGCCGAUGAUGCCGUCGAUGGCGUCUUCUACAACACUGGCCACGGGCGUCUCGGCUGGAGAGCGGGCCGGCCACAAGGGCCGCUUCUUCUCCUUCGCGUCCAACGCAGACAGCGGCGCGCAGAAGGGCGUCCACUUCGAGGGCGCCGGGCUCGACGGCGUCUGGCGCGAGAUUAGACGAGAUCGACCGGGAUUCGCGGGAGUCGUAGCCGAGAUGGUGCCCCGGGGUGGACGGCGAGUGGAGAAGCUGGUGGCGGCGAGAAUGCUGCCACUGUUCUCUGGAGACAUCCGAAAUAGUGUGAGGCGCGGCGGCGAGCGGUACGACUUGCUCUUCCAGCGCGCCGCGUAA